AGCGGCGCGCUGCAUUCUGGGAAGCUAGUCCUCUCGGCCCGGACAUUCCGUGCGGCCGCCUCAUGCGGCUCUCGCCGGGUGGGGUUGGUUGGUACAUCUGCUCCGCACCGGGCGGCCUGGGGACUCCCCACCUGGAAGGACUCUAUCUCCCAGGGGGCCGUGCGGCGGGGCCGGAAACUACGCGUAGGAAGGAGAGGACAGCCGCGCCCAAGCGCAGUGAACGCUGCUGCGGCGGCCAGCUCGGGGCAGGCGGGAGGGAGGGGCGCCGCGCGCGCGCGCGCGCGCCUCGGGCCCGAGAGGAGAGACCGCGGGCUGGUCCGGGUAGAAGUAUUCUAGAAAUCAUGACAACCUCAGGAAAAGAGAACUUCCGAUUGAAGAGCUACAAGAACAAGUCUCUGAAUCCUGAUGAAAUGCGUCGUAGGCGAGAGGAAGAGGGCCUUCAGCUACGGAAGCAGAAAAGGGAGGAACAGUUAUUUAAGCGCAGAAAUGUUGCUACAGCUGAGGAAGAAGCAGAGGAGGAAGUGAUGUCAGAUGGAGGCUUUCAUGAAGCUCAACUGAACAAUAUGGAGAUGACUUCUAGUGCCGUCAUCACCUCUGAUAUGAUUGAGAUGAUUUUCUCCAAUAGCCCAGAGCAGCAGCUCUCAGCCACUCAGAAAUUCCGGAAGCUACUUUCAAAAGAGCCUAAUCCACCAAUAGAUGAAGUGAUCAGCACACCAGGAGUGGUGGCCAGGUUUGUGGAGUUCCUCAAACGAAAAGAAAAUUGUACAUUACAGUUUGAAGCUGCUUGGGUGCUGACAAACAUUGCCUCUGGAAAUUCCCAUCAGACUCGGAUUGUGAUUCAAGCAGGAGCUGUCCCUAUCUUCAUAGAGCUUCUCAGCUCAGAGUUUGAAGAUGUACAGGAGCAGGCAGUAUGGGCACUUGGCAAUAUUGCUGGAGACAGUACCAUGUGCAGAGACUAUGUGUUGGACUGCAAAAUCUUACCCACUCUAUUGCAAUUACUUUCAAAACAGAACCGUCUCACCAUGACCCGAAAUGCUGUGUGGGCUCUAUCGAACCUCUGCAGAGGGAAGAAUCCUCCUCCAGAGUUUGCCAAGGUUGCACCCUGUCUGAGUGUGCUGUCCUGGCUGCUCUUUGUCAAUGACACAGAUGUGCUAGCUGAUGCCUGCUGGGCCCUGUCAUAUUUGUCUGAUGGACCUAAUGAUAAAAUCCAAGCUGUGAUUGAUGCAGGAGUGUGCAGAAGACUUGUCGAGCUGCUGAUGCACAGUGACUACAAAGUGGUAUCUCCUGCCUUACGAGCAGUCGGGAACAUUGUGACAGGGGAUGAUAUCCAGACCCAGGUAAUUCUGAAUUGCUCAGCUCUGCAAAGUUUAUUGCACUUGCUGAGCAGCCCUAAGGAGUCUAUCAAAAAGGAGGCAUGUUGGACAAUAUCCAACAUUACAGCUGGAAACAGAGCACAGAUCCAGACCGUCAUAGAUGCCCACAUUUUCCCAGCCCUCAUAAAUAUUUUGCAAACAGCUGAAUUUCGGACAAGGAAAGAAGCUGCUUGGGCAAUAACAAAUGCAACAUCUGGAGGCUCUGCUGAACAGAUCAAAUACUUAGUAGAACUGGGAUGUAUCAAACCGCUCUGUGACCUCCUUACAGUAAUGGACUCAAAGAUUGUGCAGGUGGCACUGAAUGGGCUGGAGAACAUCCUGAGGCUUGGAGAGCAGGAAGCCAAGCGUAGUGGCACUGGCAUUAAUCCCUACUGUGCUCUUAUUGAAGAAGCAUAUGGCCUGGAUAAGAUUGAAUUCUUGCAGAGCCAUGAGAACCAGGAUAUCUAUCAGAAGGCCUUUGAUCUGAUUGAGCACUACUUUGGGUCAGAGGACGAGGACAGCAGUAUUGCCCCACAAGUGGAUCUCAGCCAGCAGCAGUACAUCUUCCAGCAGUGUGAGGCUCCCAUGGAGGGCUUCCAGCUCUGAGGUGCCCCAUGCCAUCUGUUCCUCCACCCAGACAGUCCUCAUGUAAAGCCUUGAGUCACCCUUGGAGUGAUUCCGUAACCCCUUACUGUCCCCAUCUACCUGAGUUCCCUUCCCAUAUUCUUCCUUGGGUGCCUCCUUGGAUACCUUUCUGAGCUGCAUUCAGUCCUGACAUAAAAUGUGUCAGAUUAAUUAUUUUGCUUUAUGUGCCAGCCUGGGCAUUGGCAUAUGGAACACUUCACAGAUAUUGGAGUAAACUCUGUCCCCUGCAACUACUGCCUCCAGUGGACAUGCUUUCUAGUUACUAGACACAUUGAACACAACUGAACCUGUCCCGUUACAAAACUGAGCUCCCUAUCUGGACUCCACAGGCCACUUCGGAGAUCUGGACUUUUUCUCAUUCUCUCCUUUCAACCCAAAAAGGACUUGUGAGUAGGUCAGUCUUAUCACCUCCCUAAAAGCAACUUUUGUAACUGGCUUCUAAAAUGGAGAAACUACCAUACUGCCCCAUCCCUAACACAAUGUGGCCUCUUUGUUAAAGUUGAACCCUUCCUAACUUCAUGCUUCUGAUUCUGGUCCUCACUAGCUUAGUCACAGAUGAUAUAUCUCUACCCACUCAUCCACCCUUUACAUUUUUCUAUGCAGCUUAACUUGAACUGGUUUCUGUUCUGUAAAUUACCUUUUGAUGUAAAAUCUUAGCGUGCUAAACUGUCAGCGCAAGGAGGACUCUGUAGUGAUAGCUCUCCUGACUACUUUCAGUCUCAUGAAGUAGAGCUUCCUGUUUAAUGUCCCUACCAGCCCACCCCAUAAAAUAGAAACCUCCUGGUCAAGGUCUGUUUAACAAAUAUACUGUGAUACUACAUCCCAUUUUUCCAUUUUCCCCUCACUACUCUCAUGGCCUCAGAUGAAUUAGCAUGGAAUAAAUGGUUCCUGUAGGCUGCACUUGUAAGGCAUUGCUGAGUGUGUGACUGCUGUAAUUUACAGCUAUAGUCAGCCCCUCUGCUAGCAGCAUGUUUUUGACUCUGCAGCCUGCUUGGAUCACAAGCAUCUAAUGCAAAGGUGGCAGUUCAAUUUCUGAAUGUAAUGGAUUCAUUGGGCUACAUUCUCUCAAACCAUUUGGGACCUUUGGAAUACACCUUUUCCCCAGAGUAAAUGUUUCAAAAGUUGCCCCUACAGCAAGUGUCAUGCGUCUGUGGUAAAUCCUAUUGGCAGAACUGUCUACAAGAUCCUUCUUACGGCUUCAUUCAAUGACGAGCCCCUGCAAGAGCUUCAACCACUCACAGGAUACAGGUUUAAAAAAAGCAUUUAUCAAACUGCUGAAAGGCCUAAGCAUUAACUCUGUGUGACCCCUUCUUUAAACAUAGUCUUCAUUAGAACCUGUGCUUUAGGAUGGAAACUGAUGUGUGGACAUUGAAGAAAGCCACCUGUUGCCUCCCUUUCUAAUCCAAUCAGCCUCCACCUUCCCUGUUACUUUCUCUAGUGCUGCUUUGUGCUCAAGGAACAUUUUGUUUACUGCACUUGACCUGUAAAUUGACUUAAAUUCUUUGUAAUUUUAAAGGUUAAAUGAGGUGAUUAAUUUAAAAACAAAACAAAACCCCUCUGUGUUGCCUUUACAUCAUAUGAUAAAUAACUGUUUCUCUUUCUUGAAGGGUAACUUGAACUGAACUCUUUCUAGAAGCACUGAUUAGUAGCAAAAUCUUGUUUUGUCAUUUGGAUUUUUUGUGCUAGAUUUUAAAUGUAAAUUACCAAUAACAUGUCAUUUCUAUAGAAUUUGUUUAAAAUCAUGUACUUUUUUUGGAUGGUAUGAAAAUGCUACAUAUUUUGUAAACAAAUCUAGGCAAAGUGUGUGUGUGUGUGUAUAUAUAUAUAUUGUGUAUAUAUAGAUGUAUUAUUCUGUAUGUAUACACACAUGCACAUACACACAUACUGUGUGUGUUUUCUCCCCCAGGCUAGUGAAAACAAUAUGGUGCAUUGUUGUAUAUCCUUGCCCUUCCCCCCGCCACCCUAAGGAAAUAAUGACAGUUGCCUCUAAAUAAGUGAAUUAAAACAAAGUCCAUUUAAA